AUGGUGGAGCCUAAGAGGCGGAGAACAAUGAGAUGCACAUUCCUUGCUGCUCUAGUUUUGAUUUGUGCAGCUUUAUUGAUCAUAGGAAGUGCAUUUGCAGUCACAGAAUAUAAAGAGGUAGCAUGCCCAAAAAGGGCAAUUUACAAAUCUGAAGAAAUAAUGAGAGCCUUGUUGGCACAGAGGUUUUCGCCUUGGGGAUGGGUUGAUGCUGUGCAGACUGUUAGAAUCGAAGUGGAUGCUAUGCAGAGUACAAGAUCUAAGAUGUCUGAGACUCAAUGCAAGCACCAAGGAAGUGAACCACUACCUAAGGGAAUCGUUUCCAAGACUUCUGACUUGGAAAUGCGACCACUAGGGGGGCCCCUGGAUAAAAAGUCCUUCACGAACUUGUUGGCCAUUGCAGCUGGCAUAAAGCAAAAGGAAAGUGUGAAUAAAAUUGUAAAGAAGUUUCUGCCAAAUGAUUUCGUCGUGAUGCUUUUCCAUUAUGAUGGCAAUGUGGAUGAUUGGAAAGAUUUAGACUGGAGCAAUCAUGCCAUACAUGUUUCUGCAGUUAAUCAAACUAAGUGGUGGUUUGCCAAGCGUUUCUUACAUCCUGAUAUAGUGUCUAACUAUGCCUACAUCUUCCUCUGGGAUGAAGAUCUUGGAGUUGACCAUUUUCAUGUUGGAAGGUAUCUUAGAAUUAUUAAAGAAGAAGGGCUUGAGAUAUCACAGCCAGCUCUUGAUCCUAGUGUAUCAGAGGUUCAUCAUCAUCUCACAGCAAGAGACAGAACAUCAAAAGUACACAGGAGGAUAUACAAGGUGAUUGGAAGAACACAGUGCAAUGAAAACAGCACAGAUCCACCAUGCACAGGAUGGGUGGAAAUGAUGGCUCCUGUUUUCUCAAAAGCAUCCUGGCAGUGUGCUUGGCAUAUGAUUCAGAAUGAUUUAGUUCAUGCAUGGGGCUUGGAUUUUCAGCUUGGUUACUGUGCACAGGGUGAUCGGUCUAAGAAUAUUGGAAUAGUUGAUUCCGAGUACAUUGUACAUUAUGGUCUUCCUACAUUGGGGGCUUCAGAGUCAAACAAGAAAAUUGUUGGGAGACCUAACCGAGCUUCCCAAAAUAUGAGCGCGCAUGGUGCAGGACAAUUGGCCACAUCAUUGUUGCAUCAAUCUGGUGGUAGAGCUGCGGUGAGGUACAGGUCCUAUGUUGAAUUGGAGAUCUUCAAGAACAGAUGGAAAAAAGCAGUGAAGGAUGAUGAUUGCUGGAGUGAUCCGUAUAAAAAGCCACUGCGGCAAAGCAAAGUCUAA